GAUUUAGUAUUUUUCGAAUCAGUCAGUAUUUAGUUGUUGUCGAGAGCGCAAUUGGUUGUGUGUAGAGGGUGCCCCGACAGUCGCGUUUUAUCGACAGAGAAGUGAAGAAAAGGUGCAGAGGAGUUAUCGUACGUACGAAAAAGGCAGCAUCAGUAUCAGCAACUUCAGCAGCAGCAACUGCAGCAGCAGUAGCAGCAGCAGCAGAGCACUAGCAAUCGCCCCAGCAUCAGCAAUCGAAGCAACAUUUCAGAUUCCAGUGUGGAUAAGCCGACCAGCGCAGGCAGACAGUGGUGUGACAGCCCCGUUUGCCCUCUGUGACGAUCGCCAGCUGCAAGGUGGAAUAGAUCCAACAAAUAAGUGUGCGUUAGUGCGUGUGAAGUGCGUUAGUGCCAGCGAGACAAGGACACGGUAUCCAGACACAAAGUGUGCCCCCGUUUCCCCCUACCCACCCCACCCCAGGACUCUCAACCGUACUGCUACGCGAGCUCCGAAACGACGAAUAUCGAUCGGACGAGUGCUGCUCAAUCGAUAGGCAAACUCGAGAUCGGUCCGCAGCAUCGCUCAGGUGUGGUGUGUGUGUGUGUGGUACAACUGUUAGCAGCGAACAGUGCGUGCGUGCGUGCGUGCUAAACGAUUCAAACAUCUCCAUCUCUCUCCCACUCCCAUCCGUCGCGUUGUGCACCAGUGCUCGUCGUCGCCUGAUCCCGCGGUUUUUGCUUCUUUUCGUUUUUCGUUCGUUCGUUCGCGUGCGGCCACCGCAUAUAUCCGCAAGUGCAAGUGCAACGAGGUGUACUCCACGUAGCAGUUGAGCAGGGAAGGAAGUCUCGGAGUAAAAUCGGAAGCAAAAGAAGCGAAGCAAUCGGCUUAGAAUUCGCGAGUGAAAACGCAGCGUUAAGAGAGUAAUACAAUCGGCACCGCUCUGCUGCUAUUUUGCGGAAGCUGCUCCUCCGGUGUGCGUGUGCGGCCUGUGCUUGUGUACCGAACCGUGUGUGUGCACGGUAGCAGUGCGGCAACAGCAGCAGUUGUAGUAGUAGUAUUAGCAGUAGUCGACGUGGUGCGUACGUGUGUGCCAUACGCGGUAGUAGACGGCUAACUGUGUGUCCAGCGCAGUCCGCCUUCCAUCCAUUCUUUUCCCGCGCGGUGUAUCAACGGAAAAUUGGUUUUCAUGAUAUCUGCUUGGAUAAAUCCCUAUAAUGAGAAGUGCGGAACUUUAAAAGUUCCCGACUCUUAUUCCCAACGGAUCAUGGACAGCUAUCAUGUACAGACGCAGCAGAACAGUUACGGCAACAGCUGCACGAAUGGCACCACCGGCCGCCACGGCGGUGCCGCCGGACCAACGACGACGAUCUACACCAAUGCACACGCCUACCCGGUGGCUUCGUUCAACUACGCCACGAUGAGCUACGCGCACUCGGAGGGUGGCUCCGUGUCGCCGCCACCGUCGCCCCGUUCGAACAGCUCCAUCUCGUCGGCCUACUCGUCCGCGUCGUCCACGGCCGCCUCCCUGUCGGCGGCCUCGUCCGGCUCGUCCUCGUCGUCCGCUUCGUCGUCCUCGUCCUGUAUCUCGUCGGCCGGUUCGGAGACGGGCGCCUCCUACGAGCAUCUAGACAUCACGGCCCAGCGGUUAGCGGUGCUGUCGUUCGAGCAGGUGAUGAAGCUGAACGACGUCAUGAACGAGCCGGUGUCGAUACACGGCCGCGGCAACUUCCCGACGCUCGAGGUGAAGCUGAAGGAUCUGGUCAACAUUGUGCGCGAGAAGCUCGAGGCGGACGUCGUCGCCGGCGGUGCCGGCAUGACGGUAAAGGACAUCCGUCUGAACGGUGGCGCAGCUAGUCAUGUGUUGGCGUCCGAGCCGCAGCCAUACAACGAUCUCGAUCUGAUUUUCGCCGUCGACUUCAGCACCAGCAGGAGCUACGAUCGCGUCAAGUCGGCCGUGCUGUCCUCGCUGCUCGACCUGAUGCCGGAGGGCGUCGUCAAGCGCAAGAUCACGCAGUGCUCGCUGAAGGAGGCGUACGUUGGCAAGAUGGUGAAGGUGAACAGUGACGGCGAUCGCUGGAGUCUCAUCUCGCUCGGCAACUCGCCCGGCCACAAGAAUGUGGAGCUGAAGUUUGUCGACACGAUGCGUCGGCAGUUCGAGUUCAGCGUCGACUCGUUCCAGAUCGUGCUCGACUCGCUGCUGCUGUUCUACGACUGUGCCGAGAUGCCGAUGAUCACGGAAAACUUCUACCCGACGGUGGUGGGCGAGUCGGUGUACGGCGACUUCCAGGAGGCGCUGUACCAUCUGCAGAAGAAGCUGAUCUCGACGCGCCAGCCGGAGGAGAUCCGUGGCGGCGGGCUGCUCAAGUACUGUAACCUGCUGGUGCGCAACUACGUCCCGGUGGACCCGCAGCGCAUCAAGACGCUCGAGCGGUACAUGUGCUCGCGGUUCUUCAUCGACUUCCCGGACAUUGGCCAGCAGCGCAGCAAGCUGGAGUCGUACUUGAAGAACCACUUCUUCGACGAGGGUGAGGAGCACCUGCAGCACCAGUACCUGAUGCAUUUAUUCGAGGUCGUCGAGCAGUCGACCGUAUGUCUGAUGGGACACGAGCGCCGCCAGACGCUCAUGCUGAUCGAUUCCCUUGCCAUGGAGAUCUUUUACCGCGAUCAGCAGCAGCAGCAUCAGCAGCAACAGCAGCAACAACAGUCAUCGGCCACCCUCACUCAGCAGCAACAGCAGCAGCAGCAACAGCACACCACGCUGCAGCUGCAGACGCAAAUGUCCCAUCUGUCGCUGUCUCCGCAGCAGCUCUCCCCCCAGUCGCCCACACUGAUGGCCCAUUCACCCAACCACCAUCAGCACCAGGCGCAAACACAGCAGCAGCAAUCGCAGCAGACAUCUCCACAGUGUGCGACGUCGGCACAGCAAGUACAACAGUCUCAGCAGUCGCAGCAGCAACAGACGCAACAACAGACGACUGCGAUCGCCCAGACCCAGGCCAUUGCACUGGCACCGCAACCGGGCCUGCUGUAUGCGAACGGUAUCUACUACGCUCCGCUCAUUCCCUACACCCAGUGCACGUGUAACAGCUGGAUAACGACGUGAUUAGUGAGCCCGCUGCUGGCGGUGGCAGGCCACAGUAGUAGCAUCAUCAGCAUUGCAGGCACCGACCUUUCGCCGGAAUUAACCGUCGAAACAUCACCAUCCACACCACCACCACCACCACCACCACCAACAUCAUCAUCAUCGUUAUCAUCAUCAUCCUAUCUUCCCGGUCCGUCGCAGUCCCCAGCGCUACUAGUUUCACCCUCAACAAGCGCAACGAUCACACAGGAAUGUCCUUUCACCGCCGGCUGCACGCUCGGGAGUCGCCUUUCGGCGCCCUACUUCUCAUCGCCGGCUUGCCUAGCAAGUGAUGCGGCACGAGGAUCCGGCAGACAGCAGCAACAGCCCAUCACAACCGCCACCCUUUCGAUUGUUCCGGUGGAUUUGCAGUCAUCGUCUCUGUCACCAGCCUCACCAACGGCAUCGUUGUCGUCGUCGUCGCCGUCAUCGCACCCAUCGUACGUGUACGCUGUCCCCGGCGAUCACUGCUACUACUACUAUCCCUGUCAACCAGAACUUCUGCUAGAGGAUGGUUCCGAGCGAUGAUCAUUCAAUACAUCAGUAAGCGGAGUCCUACGAGGCUGUGACUAAAACGAAGAAGAAUGUGGAAAACAGAGAUAGCAACGCAUGCCAAAAACGUAUGCAAAACAGCCACAGUUUUGGAUGUUUGUGAGUAGAAGCGGAUGAAAAAUGGUAGGGAAUCUUCAGAACGAUUUUUAACCUUCUCUGAUAGUCGAGCUCUGUCCCGUCUCGAGGGCACUAUACAGAUGGUCACGUUCGCAAUAACGAUUCACAAUGCGUGCUUGCAGUACUGCAACUGCGUCUUGGGCGCCACCGUUUUGCGCCACGACCCUAGUGCGUAGCGUUUAAUUGAUAAGACGCAAACCGACGGACAAGCAAACACAAAACAAUAUGGCGAUCGAAUUUUUAAUACUAUGCAACUAUCAAACAAAAUUUAAAAAAAAGCAUAAUAUCGAAGGUAAAAGCGGGGGACGACAAAAACAGGAACAAGAUGUAGACUUUGAACAAACCACCAACGCGAAGCGAAUCAUGCAUUGGCAUGUGCGGUGAAGUAAAAGGUAGUGAAGCGGUAGAUUAAAAAACAACAACACACAACAAACAAACUAGUAGUACAAGAAACAGGAAUGGGAAUUAUAUUGCGUAGCCUACGAAUUUGAAAUAUCUGUACGUUACAAACAAAAUAAGUGGAAAUAUAAAUUUGAAGUAUUUUAUGAAAAACGCGCACCACCACCAUAAGAAGCUAAAACAAAAUAAUUAGAAUAUCUCAAAAAUGAACGAAAUUAGCGCACACAUGUCUCGGGAUUGUUGCUAUCGAUUGGUUUGGUUUGUAGAAAUGGUGCAUUAUCAUCUGUUCUUGUGGCAUCUUCAGUUUGUUAUGCUCAUUUCAACACUCGGAAUCUCAUGUGGACCUGUGACUGUCAUUCGAGAGCUCGAGUGCUGUUUUUUUUGCUAAACAUACCAGUUUGUACAUGGUGACCGCUGAACAGAUCGCUGAACUAUCGCACCUGUUUACGUCAUUGUCCAAAGUAUCCUUACUUUGUGUGUGUGUUUUAAGGGGUUUCCCCACUUUCUAUUCUUGUGCGAAUCGUGCGGAGAAACGUGUUAGGUAAGGCAGAAGAAGGAAGGGCGUAAUCGGACACUGUGAUUUGGGAAGGGUGCGGGAGGAUAUUUGUGCGUCUGUUUGUACACCGCGCGAACGCGGCACAAUCGAACCGAGCAAACCACUUAACGAUAACAAGCAAUUCAUCCCACAGGCUCAUUGCGCGGGAACGUGUUCAUUUCGAUGUAACUUCGAUGGUGUUUGUUCAUGUUUGUGUGUGAGUGUGUGCGUAUACAUGGCUAUUUCCGGUGUGCUAGUCUUUUCUUUAAACAUGUAUGUUGUGACGUUUGCUGUCAUCGACCCCCACCAACUUACCCGUGGGGCGAUUGGCGAAGAUCAUUGCGAUCUCUGCUUGGUGUAUGGAAUAUCGUGCCAUUGUUUUCGGACUUUGAAGUAUGCAGUGAAAGCAGAGAAUAUUUCCGUACGGGACGUAACGCACCCAUAGCUAAUCAUUCGCGAUCGAUCGUACUCCGUUUUAUGUGUAAUUAAAAAUUACUACAGAGCCAAGCAAACAAACAGAAACCCACACCAGCGCAUAGAUCUGUGCAUGUACUUAUCAGAGACCGUUUUAUCCGCCCGUCUUUUGCAUUACCGAUCGCUGAAGCAUACGGGAGCAAAUGUUUCCACUUUUAACUGAUCCCGCCGGCUGAUGGCGAACAAAACGAGUGUCCAGCACCACAACCGGCAAAUGAUGCUGUAAAUAAUUGUAAAGAAAUCACGUACUGAAGACUGCUGUUUACGUAAGAACAAAAAAAAAACCCAAUACAUCACGUGGUGAAUGCAUUCAAGUGUGCGAUUGAUGGACACUAUGAUGUAUGACUGCUCUGGGUGAGUGUUCGCUCAAUUUUGGAUAUGUUUCAUCCUACUCUUUCUCUCCUUAUCGACGAGGCAGAGUAAAGCUGUUGUAAUUAAUUCAACAACAACAACAACAACAACAAAAACUACAAAAUGUACGAAAUGCGAAGGCCACAGGAUCUCACAAACGGUUUGCCGAAGCGUUACAGCGUCUACGGGAAAAGCGUCACUUAGAGAAAGGAGUCGUUCGACCUUUUAGCGCUUCCGUGGUUGUUGUGGAUGUUGGAACUAUCGGGGAUUCGGGAAGGAUACGAAAAACUGAGCACAGUCGCCAACACGAGCGACAGAAAACUACAGAUCAAUAGAUAUACAUAUAUUUUGGAUUGCAUGUUUGUUGAGGAAGCGCUAGGCUUCAUUUAUUUACCGGAGCGUCCAACAACCUUCCCUCUUCUACCGGGACAUAGAGGGAACGUGGGGUGGGUAGCUGUGGACGGAGAUGUACAUGGGAUGGUGUAGCAAAAAUGGUGUAGAUGGGGAAACAGAGAAGCUUAAAAAAUGAACGGUGAAAUGUGAAAAAGUUGUUCUGCAAAGUUGGCAAAAGAACAUAUGAGAAACGAGGAAAUGGAGAAAAGGAAGAUGAAUAAGAAGCAGAAGAAGCAGAAGAAGAGAAGAUGAGAUGUCAUAAGAGAGAUAAUAAAAGUAACAGAUGAUGUGUAAGAAGAAAAGCAAGAAGAAGUAAAAGAAGAAAAAUGUAGAAGAAGAACAUCAGGAUGAGAAACAAAACAAAAAAAAUCUAAUUACUGAGACAUGGCUGUGUUUAUUCCUCCUCACAAUUUGUUUUUAAGAUGCUAUAGAUACCAGCAAUGCGUAACGAAUGUUGAACGGAAAACGAGAGUGAAAUUCUGGCUUAGUAGUGUGAGCGUUUCUGCGGGAUAGAAGGAGUUUCGUGGUCGUUCGGUAGACAUGAAUCGAAAGCGGAAGUGGACGGAUAAGAAAAGGAGUGGUUUAAAACGCAGAAGAUAAGCAUUAAUAAUACACUGCGACACGAGAAACGUUCACGGAAGAUGCGCGAAGCAUGAUGCUACUGCUGAAAAGGGAGGAGAUCAAGAUACAAACAAACAAAACAAAACAAAAAAGGCACUAUUGUAAACGCAAGAAACCCGAUAGACUGUUGGGAUGUUGUAGGUGAUAACAUCGGCGAUAGGAGGAACACACACGACACUCAUUGUUAAUGCAUAUAUGCUUUUAAACUAAAUAUUUGUCCAAAUGUUAAUUGACUGAUGUGGCUCGUGACUUCCCGCACCCCGCUCCCCCUCUCCUGCGUGGGGGGGCUGAGCGCUAAAGAGACAAUGAAGGGACGGGAUGGGAGUGUGCUGUAUGGGUGUUAGAAAGAGGGGAUGAACACAUCAGCAGAUUGAAACGAGAUUUCAGAAGUGUUGCAAAAAAAAAUGCUGGUAAAUGUACGUAUUUUACUUAACAUGUUGAAAUGUUGGCACAUUCGGUUCACGAAAAAAGGGUCCGAAAACAUCAACAAGAGAGUUAAAGAUUUGCUGUGUAUGUGUGUAUGUAUAGGUAAAGAGCAGAAGAAAACAGUACAGUGGUAUGCGUAUACUAUUAGCCCGGAGUACGAUUGAAUAUGAAGUGCGUGUUGCUGCCGUGCCAGUUACACGAAGCGAGCAGCAAAACUCACAUCACACUUUCCAAUAGCGCCAUGUCGAGAUAGGAAGCAAAAAGUAAGAGUUAAAAAAAUGAAUGUUACAACAUACAAAACUAUAACGCUACGGUAACAGCAAUUAAAACUACAGAGAGAAAGCAAAAAACAACAACACAAAACAAAGAAACCUUGCAAAAAAAAA